AUGACCACCUAUGCUGACGCUUUAGUUGGUGUUGCUGGUGAAGGUUUGAAUGUGGAGCAACGUAAACGUUUGACCAUUGGUGUCGAGUUGGUUGCAAAGCCUAAAUUGUUGUUGUUCUUGGAUGAACCUACCUCUGGUCUUGAUUCCCAAACUGCCUGGUCUAUCUGUCAAUUGAUGAGAAAGCUUGCUGAUCGCGGACAAGCCAUUUUGUGUACUAUUCAUCAACCAUCUGCUAUCUUGUUGAAGGAGUUUGACCGUUUGCUUUUCUUGCAAAAGGGUGGAAGAACCGUCUACUUUGGUGAUUUGGGAGAAAACUGUUCGACUUUGAUCAACUACUUUGAAAAGUACGGAGCUGAUCCUUGUCCAAAGGAAGCAAAUCCCGCCGAAUGGAUGUUGCAAGUUGUCGGUGCUGCUCCAGGUUCGCAUGCCAAGCAAGACUAUUACGAGGUGUGGAGAAACUCUACCGAGUACCAGGAAGUUAACAGUGAAUUGGACCACAUGGAAACUGAAUUGUCUAAGCUCCCAAGAGACGAAUCUCCCGAAGCCCGCAAAUCGUAUGCCGCUCCAAUCUGGACCCAAUACUGGUAUGUCACCUGGAGAGUCAUUAUUCAAAAUUGGAGAACUCCCGGUUACAUUUACUCGAAAUUGUUCUUGGCUCUUUCGUCCGCUUUAUUCAAUGGUUUCUCGUUUUUCAAGGCUAACAAGUCGAUUCAAGGUUUGAACAAUCAAAUGUUUGCGGUUUUCAUGUACAUGGUUCCAUUCAACACCUUGGUUCAACAAAUGUUAACUUACUUUGUGAGACAAAGAGAGGUUUAUGAAGUAAGAGAAGCACCCUCCAAGACGUUUAGUUGGUUCGCAUUUAUCACAGGUCAAAUCACUUCUGAAAUUCCUUUCCAAGUUGUUGUUGGUACCAUAGCAUUUUUCUGUUGGUACUACCCAGUUGGUCUUUAUCAAAAUGCUGUUCCUACUGACACUGUGAACGAACGUGGUGCCUUGAUGUGGCUACUCUUGACAUCUUUCUUCGUUUACACUUCCACCAUGGGUCAGAUGUGUAUUUCUUUCAUCGAACUUGCUGACAAUGCCGCUAAUCUUGCAACAUUGUUGUUCAGCAUGUGUUUGACUUUCUGUGGUGUUUUGGCUACUCCCGAAGCCAUGCCUAGAUUCUGGAUCUUCAUGUACAGAUGUAACCCAUUCACAUACUUGAUCCAGGGUAUUCUUUCCACAGCAUUGGCCAACUCAGACGUGGUUUGUGCAAGUCAAGAACUUCUUAAAUUCAAGCCAGCCAAUGGUCAAAGUUGUAAGGAUUACAUGGCACCCUACAUUCAAAAAGCAGGAGGAUACUUGCUUGACGGCGGAUCGACCUUCAUGUGUGAAUUUUGUCCUACGUCGUCGACCAACACUUUCUUGAAGUCUAUCAACGCUCUUUACAGCGAAAGAUGGAGAAACUUUGGAAUCUACAUUGCAUUCAUUGCAAUUAAUAUUCUUUUAACGAUUUUCUUCUACUACUUGGCUAGAGUGCCCAAGGGUAACAGAGAAAAGAAGAAGAAAACUAAACUAAUACCAUUAAUAGAUUAA